UCUGGGGCGCCGCGGCUUCGAGCUGCUGGAGAGGGGAGAACAGGUCCUGCCCGGGAGGGCGCCGCAGCGGCACGGCGUUGCCGGGUCUUAAAUACGAAAUGAUCCUGUUGGAAGCUCAAAAUUAUUGUAUUGGUUGAAAAACGAUUGUAUGCUGAAAAUAUGCACAUAAGUACUUCAUGUGUAUGUUUACCAGGAUUCAAGAUGGUUUCUAAUAAUGGUGGGCCAUCUGUUACUUGUGAAAAGUGCCCUGAAAAUGUGAAUGGAGUCACUGAAGAUGGGUGGAAUUGUAUUGCUUGUCCUAAAGGCUUAACUACAGAAGGAAAAUGUAAAUGCCUCAACAAUGAAAUUUUAGUGGAAAGGGAUGUUAAUGGAACAUUGUUAAAAGAAGCAUUAUGUAUACACUGUGAUGGAAGUGAACAAUCCUUUUCUACUUCAGAUGUCUUAGGAAAUAGGUGUAUAAGAUGUGAACAGACAUUCAUCAAUGUAAGCAAGUCUUGUGACUGUUCAGAGCCAAAUAUUUUAACAGGGGGUUUAUGCUUUAGUAGCAGUGGACACUUCCCUCCAAAGGGAGUAGCAACUAUUCACUAUGGGCAGCUAGGUAUAGCAGUGACUUCAGCGUGGUUUCAAAAAAAUCUACAAGCAUCAGCAGCUGCUUGCUGGCUCUAUUCAAAUCUAACUUCAUGUCAAGCACUGGGAAAUAUGUGUGUUAUGAAUAUGAACUCUCUAAGCUCUGCCAGUACUGAUGCAUGUGGUUUGUUCCAGUAUAUCUACGCAAAUACAGCAGGGCUAGGCAUUGUUCAUUCAAUAUCCUUCUGGAGACACUAUCUGCCAUGGAUCUACUAUGGUGACCAGCCAGGGUUAGCAUCUCAAGUACUUGAUACAACCCAGUUUCCUACAGGCUUCAGUUUUAAAGGAACAAAUAAGAAUAUAAAACUGCAAUUUAUCGCAGCCUCAUAUGACGUAGAGGGAAACUUUCUUAAAUGGCAGAGUUUGGAAGGAGGUGUCUUACAGCUUUGUCCAGACACUCUGACUCGAUUGGAUGCUGCUUAUAUUUUUGGAACAACUUAUCAACAAAGUUGUACAGUUUCUGUGUCCAAGAUUUUAAUGAGUUUUCCUAAGCCAAUAUUUUAUGAUGUGUACCUUGAAUAUCCUGAAGAUAAUGGACAACAAUAUCUUUGGGCUAUACCAGUUUUAAACUUAAACCUUCAAUACAAUGAAAUGCUUGUGAAUCAAGGCAGUAAUAGAAACAACUGGCUUCUGACCCGUCGAAUUUUUUUGGUGGAUGCCUUGAGUGGAAAAGAGAAUGACUUGAAAAAACAACCAAGAAUCAUUCGAAUUGCUAGCAAAAUAACAAUCAGUAUUCAUCUGGUACCCAACACUCAAAGAGGAGCUAUCUAUCCUCCUCUAAUUACCAUUGCCUACACCGAUCUUCUGGUCCAAAAUCCUGAUACCCAGAGUGUGACGGUUUCCUUCUCAGUCAAUUAUGAAAUGAGUCAAUCAGAAGCUCAAAUCCAGACUGAUAUUGCGUUGGGUGUGCUGGGUGGGCUGGCAGUUUUAUGGUCCCUUCUUAAGACUGCUGGCUGGAAGAGGCGUACUGGAAGUUCUGUAAUUGACUUGCAGACUGUUUUUAAAUUCUUGCUGUUCUAUGCUGGAGACCUUGCCAAUGUUUUCUUUAUCAUCACAGUGGGAACAGGGAUUUAUUGGCUUAUUUUCUUCAAAGCACAGCAAUUUGUUUCAGUUCUUUUACCAAUUCCAUCUCAAGAAAAGCAUUUUGUUACAUAUAUAGGAUGUGCUUUUACUCUAAAGGCUCUGCAAUUCUUGCACAAACUCAUUUCACAACUUGUUGUAGAUAUUUUCUUUAUUGACUGGGAACGACCGAAAGGAAAAGUACUUAAAGCUGUUGAAGGUGAAGGUGGCAUUAGAAGUGCUACUGCACCUGUGAGCAUCUGGAGGACAUAUUUUAUAGCCAAUGAAUGGAAUGAAAUUCAGACUGUGAGGAAAAUAAAUCCACUCUUUCAAGUACUUGCAGUUCUUUUCUUUUUGGAGGUUGUGGGGUUUUCAAACCUGGCUGUAAUGGAUUCUUCUUCAAGUCUGACAAGAAGCAGCGAGAGUUACAUUGCUCCCUGGAGCCGCAUUCUGAGAUUUGGUGUGUCUUCUGCUGUGUGGCUUGUCAUUGCCAUGUUACAGAUGGUAUUUUUUGCUGUGUUCUACGAGAGAUUCAUAGAAGAUAAAAUAAGACAAUUUGUUGAUUUAUGCUCUAUGAGCAAUAUUUCAGUAUUUCUCUUGUCACACAACUGCUUUGGAUAUUAUAUCCAUGGUCGGUCUGUGCAUGGACAUGCAGAUACCAAUAUGGAAGAAAUGAAUAUGAACCUAAAAAGAGAAGCGGAAAAUCUGUGUAGUCAGAGAGGUUUGUUACCCAACACAGAUGGCCAGACAUUUCAGAUUUCUAUUUCAAGGAGAAUGCGACAGCAAUAUGAUAGAAUUCACGAAACCCUAACAAGAAAGCACGGUCCUACUAGGCUUUUAGAUUCAUCUGCAAAUACUUUUGAGCAGAGCACAAAGGCAUACCACACCAUGAACAAGUUUCUUGGCUCCUUUAUUGAUCAUGUUCAUAAGGAAAUGGAUUAUAUUGUAAAAGACAAGUUGCUGCUUGAACGAAUUCUUGGCAUGGAGUUCAUGGAACCCAUAGAAAAAAGUAUCUUUUACAAUGAUGAAGGACAUUCAUUCAGUGAUGUGCUCUAUUACGGGAAUGAGGCCACACUUCUCAUCUUUGACAUGCUGUUUUUCUCUAUUGUGGAUUUGGCUUCCCAAAGUUUUGUUCUAGCAGCAAUUCUCACUUAUGUGCAACAAGAGAUUUUUAGAUUUAUUCGGAAUACAGUGGGGCAGAAGAAUUUGGCAUCCAAAACCUUGGUGGAUGAAAGAUUUCUUAUUUAAUUGACUCAUUUGAUGAAAGACCUUUUCCAAGAGCGAAUCAUGGAUUUAAAGGUUUAUGAACUGCAUAUUAGUUUGCAGUGCUAUGUUAAAUAUUUAAUGUAAAUAAUUCAACUUUGUCUCAUUUUAUACUGUAUGCAGAAGAUUUUUAUUUUUCAGUAAUUUGCAGAUACAUUUGUGUUUGGGACACUAAACCACAUGUCUUAAGGGAAUGGUAGAUUAUGCCUUGGCAUGUCUUGACUGUAGGAAGUUAAACUAGCACUGUUGUUAGCACAAGAUCUUUUUAUUGCCUUCAGUAAGAGUGUGAAUUGUGUAUUUUUCAGAGAGAAUUUCAGUACAUCUGACACUAACUGGGGUUAUAAUCUUCUUUUACAUGUGUUCCCAUAAUUGCUUAAAUAAUUGUUUUCAAUUUACUAUAAAAAAUGUUUAUCAAAUAUAUUUCAGAUUGAACACAACAAAAGAUUGGCCCAAAAUUCCAAAUUAAUUUGGAAUUGUUUCUAGAUUGGCAAAAUAGAGGUAGUGAGAUGUACCUUUCAGGACGGUUUUCAGAUCUGGGGAUAAAAAUAUUGCAUAAGUGCCUCUUUUGCUGUACUUUAGUUUUUAAUGUGUUUUCUGGUUAUCUCCUUUUCUGACAUUUUUCCCUUAUGAUUUAACAUGAGGAACAUGUCCAUAUGAUCUGUUUCAACCAUUGGAAUUUAAUCCACUUAAUAAGCGGCUUUUUAACAACUAUUAAGGUUUAUGGGCAGAUUAAAGUCCAGGAGAUAGUGAAGUGCCAACUACUAUGUAUUCCUUUGAAACAUUUCCCUGAGACUGUCUUUUAAAAAAUAUAAUAUAUAUAUUUUCAAUA